CUUCUCGGCUUUGUUGGCUCAACCUGCACUUGAGGAGCCCUCUCCGACCUCUCUGGUUCGAGUUCCAGAUCUAUUAUGAUCGGUGGUGGGGAGCCAGCAAGAUGAUACACCAAACUCAAGAACAAAAAGCCAUGGUUGGUCCUUAUGUCGCCGUGCUAGUAACUUCAGUGAUACGUCGUUCCCCUACCCCCGACAGUCUGUCGGGCUCCGACACCACUUCCAGAAACAAGUUUUCAUAUAUCGCCCCGGUCAUUGUGAUCUCUGUUGGACUAACUGCGAUACUUCUCUUGAAUAUUUAUUUUCGUCGUCGUUCUUCUCAGCGGGUGACGCCUGUUAAUACCCUUCCUGCAAACCAACAACAAAGCCGCGAGACGAAUACAGCAAAAGCACUUCUAGAUACCUUUCCCAUUGUUAAGUUCAGAGGCCCGCAUGAUAGCAGUCUGGAAAUGGGCGAUUUGGCCGCCGUUUCUCGUGAAAGCAGAGAAUUAAGGGCACCAGCUAAUCAAGGGCCGCAGCCGUGGGAAACGUCAGAACAAAAUACUACGGUGGAUGAAAGAGACCUUGCUCAAGUACAUCGGAAAACUUCAAAUGUAUCACCCACACUUACUCUCGCUUAUGCGACGGCAAAUGUUGCUUGCUCAAUCUGUACCGAGAACUUUACCGACGGCCAGAAUGUGAGAAUGUUGCCGUGUGGUCAUCAGUUCCAUCCACGGUGUAUUGACCCAUGGCUUCUCAAUCGGUCAUAUACAUGUUCUAUGUGCCGCAUUGAUCUCAGUCGGUCUGAUCUUGUCUAGUUGGAUAGCUCUAGGGCAAAUAAUGGGCAACCAAGCUAGGGUUAUGACACCUGGAUUGCAAAGAUAAUGCAUUGUGACUGAAAAUCAUGUAAAGGAUUUCUAGGAGAACUUUGAAAUGUCUACGUCAAACUUUGUUAGAAUAAUCUUCUGUCUCUCGCAGUAUGACUAGAAUUUCUGCCAGAGGGUCCAGGCUGAAUGAUUUUUAAAAAAUGUUGAACCUUAUACUCUGAUUUAUUCCCCAGGCUCUUCACGAACUUCAGUUGUAUAUAGCACCCUGGCCAAUGUAUCCAAGAUAGCAAUAAUUCAGAACAUACGAUAUCCCGGACGGGGUAUCCCAGAC